AUGCCACUCUUCUCCAGGAAGAAGAAGCCCAGCGACGGCGCUCGCAGGCGCCUCGAGUACCAGAUGUGCCUGGCAAAAGAAGCUGGUGCUGAUGACAUUCUUGACAUCUCCAGAUGUGAACUCUCAGAGGUGCCUUAUGGGGCCUUUGCAACUUGUAAAGUCUUGCAAAAAAAGGUGCUGAUUAUUCAUACAAAUAAUCUGACAUCUUUAGUCCCAAAGUCCUGCAGCCUCCUGAGUCUCAUAACUGUGAAGGUUCUAGACCUGCAUGACAACCAGCUGGGAUCUCUUCCUGAUGAUAUUGGUCAGCUGACAUCUCUUCAGGUCCUAAACCUUGAAAGGAAUCUUCUAACAUGUCUUCCACAAUCCAUAGGAGACCUUGCCCAGCUCCAGAUGCUCAAUGUGAAAGAUAACAGGCUGAAGGAGCUGCCUGGGAGCCUGGGUGGGCUGCAGAGCCUGCGCGCCCUGGACGUCCGUGGGGAGCGCUUGCCGCGGGCGCUGGCCCAGGUCCACACGCUGGAGACACUGAACUUAGAUGCUUCUUCUAUGACCUACCCAUCACCUGAUAUUUGCAGUGGAGGUACAGAGGCCAUUCAGCAGUUCCUCUGCAGAGAGUGUGGGAUUGCUUACUGCCCCCCCUCUCAGUGCCUGCUGCCCACGCUGGAGAGGGAUGGAGGAGGAGCAGCAGUGGAUGGAGUGGACAGGGCAGUGCAGAAGUACCUGGAGGAGGAGAGAGAGUGGCAGAACAAAUUCUUGGAUUAUGAGAAGAGGAAGGAAAAAAAAAUGCAGGAGAAGCUGGAGUUUGAGCGACGCCUGAACAUGGGGCAAAGGGAACAGGCUCUGCUCGUGCAGCAGGUCAGCAGCCAGAAGGAUGAGAUGCUGCAGACAGUGAGAGAGGAGCAGCUGAGGCUGGAGGAGGGUCUGACAAAGCACCAGCGCUGGGUGGCAGGGGAGCGCCUGAGGCUGCUGCAGCAGCUGAAGCAGGCAGAGCAGGGCAUUGCCAGCCGUGUCCAGAAGCUGCUGGAGGACAACCAGAGGCAAAAACAAAGUUCAGACAUUCUGAAAUCCUUGGAGAACGAGAGGAUAAGGAUGGAGCAGCUGAUGGCAAUAACACAGGAGGAGACGGAGCAGCUCCGCAGGAGGGAGGUGGCCGCUGCCAUGCAGCAAAUGCUGGCUGAGAGCUACAAGAACAAGCUCAUCCAAAUGACCUACGAGUCUCGUCGGCAAGACCUUGUGAGCCAGGCCUGCUCCAGCCUGGCUGAGAUGGACCAAAAAUUCCAGCAGAUCCUGGCGUGGCAACAGCUGGAUCAGAACAAAGCUGUCAGCCAGAUCCUGCAGCAGAUUGAGAUGCAGAAAGCUGCCUUUGAAGCUCUCCAGGUGAAGAAGGAUCUUAUGCACAGGCAGAUCAGGAACCAGAUUAAAUUAAUAGAAACAGAGUUAUUGCAGCUGACACAGCUGGAGGUAAAGAGGCAAGAACUGGACACAGAGACGCUGCAGGGGGUGAUCGCAGAGCAGCGCCAAGCCCUCGGCUACCUGCUGCAGCAGCUGCUCAAAGAAAAGAAGCAAAGGGAAGAAGAACUGCGACAAAUACUGCUGGAAAUGGAGGAGAAGAGUGAAACCAAACAGGAGAACUACUGGCUGAUCCAGUACCAGCGCCUCCUCCUCCGGGGUGAGGUGUGGAGCAUGCCUGGUGUCUUGCAGGAGGAGGGCUUGGAGCAGCAGCUGGUGAACCUGCUGGUCGAGCUGUCUGCUGAGCAGUACGUGCCAGUCUUUGCACACCACCGGCUGUCCCUGCAGGCGCUCAGCACCAUGACUGCCAGCGACCUGGGCAAG